ACGGCGUGGCUGUGAACUAUUGGAAGCGUGGAUAGGUAGCCGACAGGCAAGCACCUUGUUCGACGUGGAAUAUUGUGUCGCCUCAUCGGAGUGGAUUCGGCUGAGUCUCGUUUUGUGCGAACGCAUUUCCAUUGGGCCUUUCUUUUUCUUCUUGGAUGAGUCGCUCUACUUUACUGGGGUCUCCAUGGUAUCUGGCAGGUCCUUACGCUACCAGUACGUCGGCGCCUUCCUUAUCUGCGUCUCGCUCGCAGUCUUCUUCGUCUUGUACGGCGGCGACCGACCGAUAGCCGUCGAACUUCCCGCGUGGUUUCCGAAGAGCACCUCCACGAACGUCACCGCGCGCAAGCCGGUCACCAUACUGUUCUGGACACCUACCUUCGGGUCUUGGCUCGAGCCGCUGUCCGAUGUCCGUAGCGGGCUCGUGGCUUACAACAGCUGCAGCGUCCCGUGUUUCCUGACCAGGAACAGAUCUCUGGUCAGGUCGGCGGACGCCGUCAUCAUUCACGACAGGGACGCCAACGCCACCGACCUUCCCAGAUACCGCGCCGGGCACCAGCGAUGGGUCUACUGGAAUAUGGAGGCGCCCCCAAACAGCCGUCCCGAGGAAUUGGUUAGAAUCAGGGACGUUUUCAACUGGACGUACACCUACCGCCUCGACUCGGACGUUCCACAUCCAUAUUUUACCGUUCAUUCUCGCCGCAGCGAUGCGCCACUAGCCGAAGAGGGACACUCGUCGUUCCCAGUUAAGCGGUCCAGACUGGUCGCCUGGGUCGUCAGCAACUGUCGCACACCGAGCCGCCGAGAGGACUACGUCGCGGAACUCAGGAAGCACGUGACGGUAGACGUGUACGGCCUUUGCGGAAACCUGCAGUGCCCAGGGAGGGAGGAAUGUUUCGCUCACCUGGGCGAGAGGUACUACUUCUACCUGUCCCUGGAGAACGCCGUGUGUCCCGACUACGUCACGGAGAAGCUCUACAACGCCCUCCACCACGGCAUGGUUCCCGUGGUGAUGGGACCGUACGCGGCCUCCCUGGCGCCUCCCGGUUCGUGCAUCGACGCGUUUCGAUUCGCGUCGCCCGAACGCCUCGCCGCGUACCUGAAGGAGCUUGCCGCCGAUCCUGCCCGUUACGAGGCCUACUUCGCCUGGAAGAAGACGCACGAAGUUCGACGUCAACGCUUCAUGGAUCACUGCGUCCUCUGCGAUGCCCUUUCCGGGGCUAGCGCGGACGAGCGAAAGGGGUACGCUGACAUCGUUGAGUGGUGGCACGGCAGCAGAUCAAUCUGCAAACAGUGGAAGCCGCCGGCUAGCUGAUCGGUACUCGUUUUCUGUCGGACUGCCGUGAAUAUUUUUUUCUUCAACGUCGCCUUCCCGACUCGCAGCUGGCGACGCGGGCCGUAAUCAUCCUUGAGGACAUGGCGUGAGCAGGGUUUGCCAUUAGGGGGUGGACAAGUUGCACAGCAGCGUCCCCCUCU